UCUUCCUUCAAAACUUUUCAUCUUCCAACCAGUCUUUUUCCUUAACAGGUUAAUCCUAGUCAAAGUCUCUGAUUCCUCUUACUUCAAUUCUUAAAUCCCUCGUCAUUUAGUACCAAGUCUUCUCCUUUUGGCUCUCUCUGUAAAGACGUGGAGUCUAUCAUAUAAUACUACUAUAUAUAUAACGGUUACUGUGCAGUAACAAUUUUGGUAGUAAUCAAGCAUGGCAACAGCUACAAAGGAACGAUCUUUGGAGCAAACGCCGACGUGGGCCGUUGCCGUUGUUUGUUUCUUUUUGGUUUUGGUCUCCAUCAUCAUCGAGUAUAUCCUUCAUUUGAUCGGAAAGUGGUUGGAAAGGAAGAAUAAACGAGCUCUCUAUGAAGCACUGGAAAAGAUCAAAGCAGAGCUUAUGUUAUUGGGGUUCCUCUCGCUGCUGCUAACAGUAGGACAAGGGCCCAUUUCGGACAUUUGCAUAUCAAAGUCUGUUGGGGCCACUUGGCAUCCAUGUAGUAAGAAGCAAGAGACGGUCUAUGCAGGGAAGGAUGAAGAGAGCACUAGUCCCGAAUCAGAUGAUGACAGCGGCCGCAGAAGGCUACUAUCGGCGGUUCUCUCGAGUUCCGGUGAGAGUGCCCGACGUGUUUUGGCCGCAGCCGGAUAUGACAAAUGUGGUGCCCAGGGAAAAGUUCCGUUUGUGUCAUUUUAUGGGAUUCACCAGCUUCAUAUACUCAUCUUCGUGCUAGCCGUUUCCCACGUGCUUUACUGCAUAAUAACACUGGUUUUGGGCCGAGCAAAGAUGAGGAGAUGGAAAAAAUGGGAAUUGGAAACCAGGACAGUAGACUACCAGUUCUCACAUGACCCAGAAAGAUUCAGAUUUGCCAGAGACACAUCGUUUGGGCGAAGGCACUUGAGCUUUUGGAGCCAGUCACCCAUUUUGUUAUGGAUUGUUUGCUUCUUCAGACAGUUUAUCAGAUCAGUGCCUAAGGUCGAUUACCUGACGCUACGCAACGGGUUUAUCUUUGCACAUUUGGCACCUCAGAGUCAAACCAAGUUUGAUUUCCAGAAGUACAUUAACAGAUCACUUGAAGAGGAUUUCAAGGUGGUGGUGGGGAUCAGCCCUCCUAUCUGGUUAUUCGCUGUAUUGUUCCUGCUAUCUAACACCCACGGCUCACGUUCAUAUCUCUAUCUACCCUUUAUUCCACUAGUCAUGAUCUUAUUAGUAGGGACAAAGCUACAGGUUAUAAUAACCAAGAUGGGACUUAAAAUUCAAGAGAGGGGAGAAGUGGUUAAGGGGACCCCGCUUGUUGAGCCUGGUGACCAUCUUUUCUGGUUCAACAACCCACAUCUUAUUCUUCACAUCAUCCAUUUUGUUCUCUUUCAGAAUGCUUUUCAACUUGCUUUCUUUGCGUGGACUUGGUAUGAAUUUGGGUUGAAGUCUUGCUUCCAUGACAAGCUGGAAGAUGUAGUCUUAAGAUUAACAAUGGGGGUCAUCAUACAAAUACUAUGCAGCUAUGUAACUCUUCCUCUUUAUGCCUUGGUAACACAGAUGGGUUCAACUAUGAAGCCUACAAUCUUUAAUGAUAGAGUGGCAAAUGCUAUAAGAAAGUGGCACCACGCAGCAAAGAAGCAUGUAAAACAGAGCAAGCAUUCAGUUCCAACCAGUGCACCCGGCACUCCAUUACAUGGCAUGUCCCCUGUUCAUCUUCUGCGGCAUUAUCAAUCCGAACAGGACGUGGAAAGUAUGCAUACAUUACCAAGGAUGUCGUACUUUGGAAGUGAAGGUCCAAACGAGUCCCCAUCUCGCCAUGACAAUGAUGAUGUACCGUGGUCUAACCAGGGUCAGGAGGAAGAGAUUAGUGCUCAUUAUCAACCUAACUCGGUGAACAAUCCUCUACCUGGUCAUGGUAAUCGAAUUCAACACGAAAUCCAAAUUUUCUCAUUGGAGAAAAAUACUAGCCGGCCACCUGCAACACAACAAUGACCAUGAAAGCCUAAUAAGCUUUGCAAUGGGAGUGAUGACAGACUGCAGUACACAUACAAUAGUUGUAAACUAGGAACGUAAAGCUUGAUAUUCAUUCGAAUAAACAUUCAUUUUAUAGGGUUUUUAGCUGGUGUCAAUUUCUCAUAAAGAGCAAGUCAAAUAACCAACUAAGACGUGCAAAUAAACCGUGGAUGAGAUUCAAGAAAAUAAAGUGAAAAAAAUGCAUGUAUAAAGUUCCCCAGUCCAAGUUGAGCACGGUUGUCAACUGGACAUACAAACAUAUUUUCUGUACUGUUAUUAUUAGUUACAUACUUGUAACAGAAAGGAUGACAUAUAAGGAAAUGGUGAUAUCAAAGCUUUGAGCUGACGUCAAUAUCCGCAUAAUCAAUAUACCAGGAAGACCAGAACGGACAAGACAUAAUUUUUACAAUAUAUGUAUAUAUAUUUUAAGGAAACGGUGGAAGAGCUAAUUUAGCGUUCUUACCCGAAUUUAUUAAUAAAAAAUAUUAAAAAAAGACACAUAGCAAGGGGGGCUAGACCAAAACUUGCUGAGAUAAAAUACAAAAUUGCAAAGUAUAGAGGAUAAUUCCCAAGGAGUUGGAAGUACAUAAGAUCAUUGAGAAGCGGGAGACUAGGCCAAGACCGCUUCCAAAACAAAAUAAAACUAAAAGACAAGAAAAAGAGGCACUCCUUAUCUUUUAUGUUUUUUCCACCCAUAAAAAUAAGGCAACCCUUCCACUAUGAAAAAUGAUAAUUUGGAAAACCCAAAUAAUCAGCUUGUAGAAACUUGUGGAGCUCACUAGGAGGA